AUGAGGAGGCUACCUGGGCCCUUGUCGGCGACGAAACCCUUCACAGCGCGGCCGCCGAGGGUGCCUCGAACUUCUCCAAGCCCUCGAAGCGCACCAUGGCCGCACCCGACUCUCGUUAACACUUCGCUCCGCCCUCUGUCGACCUCGACGCCGCUUGCGAACGAUGCCCAUCACCAGAAUCAACCACCGCAACCCUUCCGCUUCGAGACCGGUGUGUCGCUCUUCGCGAAGAGAGCUCCGAGGCCCUUUCCGCCGCCCUUCCUGUCUCCUCCGUCCGGCUCCUUCUCCGACCCCCUCAGCACCCACCACCGAAGCCGUGAUCGGCGCGCGAGAGUCGACGGACAGAUCAUUCUUGGACAGACAAAUGGUGACGAUGCUGUCUUCGCGAGCGACAACUUCAUAUGUGCGAACGAUGGCGUCGGCGCUUGGUCGACCCGCCCGAGGGGUCACGCAGGGCUGUGGUCGCGCUUGAUUCUUCACUACUGGGCAACCGCCAUACAGCAAGAUGCUGCAAAUCACGGUUCCGAAGGAGGAGCUUUCACCCCUAACCCGGUGGCAUAUCUCCAGACGGCAUACGAGCAGACGCUGAGAGCGACAUCGGACCCGAAUGACUGGCAAGGAACAACAACUGCGAGCGGGGCGCUACUGCAUUAUAAGACACUGGAUGGCAGCAAGCCAGUCCCCCAGGUGUAUGUGACCAACCUGGGUGACUGUCAAGUCAUGAUUCUGCGGCCGCGGCAUGAGAAGGUUGUCUACAAGACAAAGGAGCAGUGGCACUGGUUCGAUUGCCCUCGGCAACUUGGGACGAACAGCCCCGAUACACCGGAGAAAAAUGCUGUCAUGGAUGUGGUGGAGAUCCAAGAGGGCGACGUGGUUCUUGCCAUGUCCGACGGUGUCAUCGACAACCUCUGGGAGCACGAAAUUAUCGACAGCAUUCAGAACAGCAUACAACGCUGGGAAAAUGGAGAGGCCGGAGCGGACAGAGUGGAGGGCGACCGCACAGGCGGCGCGAACGGAGGCAUGAAGCUUGCUGCUGAGGAGCUGGUGGCUGCUGCAAAGAAGAUUGCGACCGACCCAUUCGCCGAAAGCCCCUUCAUGGAGCACGCGAUCGAGGAGGGCCUGCCAACCGAAGGAGGCAAACUAGACGACAUCAGCGUCGUCGCCGCGCUGGUCAGGAGACACGAAGCAUGA